CUGCGCCUCCCCUCCUCUCCCGUCUCCCUGCCACCUUGUGCCUUGCUUCUCGUCCCUCGCCUGUGGUCCCUCGUCCCUCGUGUCGUUCUGCGUUUGGCCGCGCCCGGCGGCGCUGUACCUGCGUCUGGUCCCCACUCGCGCCUCCACUAACCUCACGCCCUGCUUCUCUCGCUCUCCUCCCUCCUCGCGCCGGCUCUCCCCCCUCCCCGCUGACGCCAGCUUUUUCCGGUGCCAGCUCUCACGCGCACUUGACGACGUGUGCCCACAUCGCCACACCUCCCUUCCCCGUUUCCACCCGCCUCCCCCCCAAUUCCGCGUCCGCCGUCGCGCCCCAUCCCCUGUGUCACCACCAUGGAGGGCGGCCCGCUUAAUGUCUAUAAUCUGGACGUCAGCGCCCUCGAUCAGAUCGUCAAAUCCUUCCACAAUGGCACCGAUGUGAUGAACGCCCAGGCCCUGCUGGUCCAGUUCCAAGACCACCCCGAGUCCUGGACGUGCGUGGACAAGAUCCUGGAGAACUCCACCUUCGUCCCGACCAAGUUCCUGGCCCUCCAGAUCAUGGACAAGCUCGUCCAGACCCGCUGGAACCUGAUCCCCCGCGAGCAAUGCGAGGGCAUCCGCAACUUCCUGGUCACGCACGCCAUCUCUCUGGCCCGCGAUGAGGCCUUCAUGUCGGCCAACGCCUCGUACAUGCACAAGCUGGACCUGGUCAUCGUGCAGAUCAUCAAGCAGGACUGGCCUCACCGCUGGGAGUCUCUCAUCCCGGAUCUGGUGGGAUCCAGUAAGACCAGCGAGAGCAUUUGCGAGAACAACAUGAUCAUCCUGAAGCUCCUCAGUGAGGAGAUCUUCGACUACUCCGAAGAGCAGAUCGUCUCCAAGCGCGUGGACGAGCUGAAGAACGAGCUGGCCAACCAGUUCGCCCCCAUUUUCUCCCUCUGCAUGUUCAUCCUGACCAGCGCCUCCAAGCCGUCCCUGGUGCUGGUGGCCCUGGAGACCCUGCUGCGCUUCCUCGGUUGGAUCCCCCUCGGCUACAUCUUCGAGACCAACCUCAUCCCCUUCCUCACCGAGAAGUUCUUCGUCGUCCCCCAAUCUCGCAAUGUCACCCUCAAGUGCCUGACCGAGAUCGCCAGCCUCAAGCUCCAGCAGGGCCAGGGGGCCACCUUUGUGCCGAUGAUCGUUCGGCUCUUUGACUCGGUCAUGGAGAAGCUGCCGGCCUACCUGUCCGUGGAGACGGACCUGGCCAGCACGUACAACAACCGCUCCGGCUCGGACCAGAUCUUCAUCCAGGACCUGGCCAACUUCUUUGUCGGCCUCUUCAAGGAGCACCUGUCCGUGCUGGAGAGCCACAACCCGGACCGGCUGCUGACGGCGCACAUGUACCUGAUUAACAUCUCCAACAUCGACGAUCGCGAGGUGUUCAAGUCGUGCCUGGACUACUGGGCCGUGCUGGUGGAGCAGCUGUAUCGCGAGCCCUCGAUGGCCCCCUCGCCGCUGUUGAUCACCUCCAGCCCGGGGCCCACCCCGCGCCAGCAGUUCUACCAGCAGAUCCUGUCGCACCUGCGUGUGGUCAUGAUCAACCGCAUGGUCAAGCCGGAGGAGGUGCUCAUCGUGGAGGAGGAGGGCGAGAUCAUCCGCGAGUUCCAGAAGGACACCGACACCAUUGCCCUGUACAAGGCCAUGCAGGUGGUCUUGACGCACCUGACGCACCUGGACAGCGAGGACAUGGAGUUCAUCAUGCGCGAGAAGCUCAUGCGCCUGAUGUCCAACGCCGAGUGGUCCUGGUCUGCCAUCAACAAGCUGUGUUGGUCCAUCGGCUCCAUUUCCGGGGCCAUGUCUGAGCCCGAGGAGAAGCGCUUCCUCGUGGUCGUCAUCAAGGAGCUCCUGGACCUGGUGGACCUCAAGCGCGGCACCGACAACAAGGCCGUGGUUGCUUCCAACAUCAUGUACAUCGUCGGGCAGUACCCCCGGUUCUUGCGCCAGCACUGGAAGUUCCUCAAGACCGUGGUCAACAAACUUUUCGAGUUCAUGCACGAGCGCCAUGAAGGCGUGCCUGACAUGGCCUGCGACACCUUCAUCAAGAUCGCCUCCUCCUGUCGCAACCUCUUCGUGGUGGCCCAUGUCAAUGAGCCCGGCCCCUUCAUCAACACCAUCAUCGACAGCCUGCCGGCCACCAUUUCCGACCUGCAGCCGCAGCAGGUGCAGACCUUCUACGAGGCGGUGGGCAUCAUGAUCAGCGCGGCCACCUCGACCGAGCAGGCGCACGCCCUCAUUCACAAGCUGAUGGCCCUGCCGAACCAGGGCUGGUCCGAGCUGCUGUCCAAGAUCGCCGGGGACAUUUCCCUCCUGGAAAACCCGACCAUGUACAAGACCCUGGCCAACAUCCUGAAGACCAAUGUCUCGGUGUGUUCCUCGGUCGGGCAGGCCUUCAUCGUGCACAUUGCCCACAUCUUCCGCGACAUGAUGGAGCUGUAUCCCAUCUGCUCGCAGCUGAUCAACAACCGCCUGCAAACCGGCGGGCCGAAUGAGCCGCGCACGCCGCUGGUUCGCGGGCUGCGCCUCAUCAAGCGCGAAAUCCUCAAGCUCUUCAUCACCUUCUUCCCCCACUGCGCCGGGGAUCCGGAAACCGUGGCCACCAGCUUCGUGCCGGACUUGCUGAAGGUCACCAUGAUCGACUACCAGAACACCCAGCCGGAGGUCCGCGAUGCCGAGGUCCUGCUCCUGUGUGCCUCGAUGGUGGACCACCUGAAGGGGGAGGUCAUCGGCAAGGUGCAUCCCAUCCUGGAUGCGGUGUUCGAAUGCACCCUGUCCAUGAUCAGCAAGGACUUCCAGGAGUACCCGGACCAUCGGACCGGCUUCUACCGGCUGCUGCGGGCCAUCAAUCGCCACUGCUUCGAGGCCCUCUUCACCCUGGGCCAGGCGCAGUUCAAGCUCUUCAUCGACUCGGUCGUGUGGGGCAUCAAGCACACCAUGCGCGACAUCGCCGAGAUGGCCCUGCACACGCUGCAGGAGAUGCUGGAGCAAUUCCGCCGCAAGCUCCUGGCCCAGCCGGGCCAGGUGACCGGCUUCUACCAGCAGUACUACGUGUCCCUGAUGCAGGAUGUCUUCGUGGUGCUGACCGACAGCGACCACAAGGCCGGCUUCAAGCUGCAGACGUCCAUCCUCAAGGACAUGUUCGACAUCGUCAUCGAUGGUCUGAUGCCGGCGCAGCUCUUCGACCCGAAGGCCUUCCCCGACAACCCGAACAUGACCAAUGUGGCCUUCCUCAACCACUAUGUGUCGGAUCUCCUGGCGCGGGCCUUCCCCCAGGUGACCCCGGCCCAGGUGAAGCACUUCGUCAAGGGGCUACUCCAGAAGAACGACCCGCUGGCCUUCAAGGUCCUGGUCCGGGACUUCCUCAUCAGCCUCAAGCAGUUCGCCGGCCAGGACAACCAGGAGCUGUAUGUGGUUGAUGAGCCGGCGGCCGACGCGUCCAUCGCCAACUAACUGGCAUGGUCGGGCGCGUGUCUGUGUGUGUGUGUGUGUCUGUCUGUCUGUCUGUCUGUGCGUAUGCCGGUGGCUGGUUGGUCACGGGUGUGCCCCGCGUCCGGUGCUCUCCCCUCCUGCUCCCGCACCCUUGUUUCCCUUCCCGUCUGCCGUGUGAUGGCGCAAAGGCAGCGCACCCACAGCCCGGGGAGGGGGAGGGGGGAGGGGCGUGCGUGCGUACGCGCGUGCGCACGAGGAGGAACUGGCCAGGGGGCCGCGCGGAGGAGGGCCCGUCGUGCGAUCGAUCGAUGGGGGGUGGUCUGAGAAGGGGUGAGCGAGAAAAAAAAAAGAGCGCGACGACACACACGGACGUCCGCUCGCGCCCUGUCCUUCACAUAUCAAUCUUCAAAAAAUUUGCCCCCCGUCGCGUGCUUCCCCUCGCGCACGGUGGCGCGCCUUUCCUACUUGCUCCCCCGUCUCUCCCUCUCUCCCCCCCCCCCCCC